UCCUUUCUCCCUCACGUCCAGCGAAUCGCGUAUAGCAAGUGGCGGGAGCUGGUGUUGCGUGUGGCCAAUCAGCGGCGGGGGGAGGAGCCUUGCGUUACUAGGCCUUGUCUUCUUGGGCCGGUGGGUUCGGUCGGGGCGCGCACACGUGGAGCAGGAGCUGCAGCACAGAAAGAGCCAUCAUGACAGAACAAGACGUAGAAAAUGAGCUGUUGGAUUACGAAGAAGACGACGAGCCUCAGGCACCCGCUGAAACUGCAGCUCCAAUCGCCCGGAAAGAGGUGAAAGGCUCCUACGUGUCCAUCCACAGCUCCGGCUUCCGAGACUUCUUGCUGAAACCCGAACUCCUCCGAUCCAUCGUAGACUGCGGUUUUGAACAUCCCUCUGAGGUCCAACAUGAGUGUAUCCCUCAGGCUAUCCUGGGCAUGGACAUCCUUUGCCAAGCAAAAUCUGGUAUGGGGAAGACUGCUGUCUUUGUCCUGGCCACCCUGCAGCAAACCGAAGCCGUGGAAGGGCAGGUGACUGUCCUAGUUAUGUGCCACACGCGUGAGCUAGCGUUCCAGAUCAGCAAGGAGUAUGAGCGGUUCUCCAAAUACAUGCCGACUGUCAAAGUGGCAGUUUUCUUUGGCGGGCUCUCUAUUAAGAAAGAUGAAGACACCAUACGCAAGAGCUGUCCCCAUAUUGUUGUCGGAACACCGGGUCGCAUCCUGGCGCUCGUCAGAAGCAAGAUCCUGAAUCUGAAGAACGUGAAACACUUUGUGUUGGACGAGUGUGACAAGAUGCUGGAGCAGUUAGAUAUGAGAAGAGAUGUACAGGAGAUUUUCCGCCUAACACCCCAUGAGAAACAGUGCAUGAUGUUCAGUGCCACCCUGAGUAAAGAGAUCCGCCCUGUGUGCCGGAAGUUCAUGCAAGAUCCUAUGGAGGUAUUUGUGGAUGAUGAGACCAAGCUGACCCUUCAUGGCCUGCAGCAAUAUUAUGUCAAGUUAAAAGACAGUGAGAAGAACCGCAAGCUUUUUGAUCUACUGGACGUAUUAGAGUUUAAUCAGGUGGUGAUCUUUGUGAAAUCAGUGCAGAGAUGCAUGGCUCUGGCCCAGCUCUUGACUGAACAAAACUUCCCUGCUAUCGCUAUUCACAGAAACAUGUCGCAGGAGGAGAGGCUCUCCAGAUACCAGCAAUUUAAAGACUUUCAGAGAAGAAUCCUGGUGGCCACAAAUCUGUUUGGUCGAGGAAUGGACAUCGAGCGAGUGAAUAUUGUGUUUAAUUACGACAUGCCAGAAGACUCUGACACAUACCUGCACAGGGUAGCCCGUGCCGGCAGAUUUGGUACAAAGGGCUUGGCCAUAACCUUUGUGUCGGAUGAGGAAGAUGCCAAAAUCCUUAAUGACGUUCAGGACAGGUUUGAAGUCAACGUGGGGGAGCUGCCUGAUGAAAUAGACAUAUCUACUUACAUUGAGCAGACCCGAUAACCACCUCGUCCGUGUUGCCCCCUCUCCCAAGGUGACUGUGGCGCCCGCCUCCAUUCUGCUCCCUUCGUCUGCCCACGCACCCGUGCAGGGAAUGGCAGCUUCGGUUUUACUGUUUGGGUUUUUUUAUGAAAUGUUUGUUGUUUUUGUUUAAAGAAGGGUAAAAAGAUUAAACUUUUUUAUUAUUAAA